CCCAAAACGUGUAAGAGGUUUAAGCAAGAAGAAGGAAAGAAAGGACCAGUGAGACGUUUCAGGAACAGCACUGAACCUCCUGACCCUGUGGCAGCCAUGGUCCUCCUCCUCAUCUGUAUCACUGUUCUGCAUCUCUCCUCAUUGGCCAUGCUUCUCAUUUCGACAUUGGAAAAAUCCUGGUGGGUUUGGGAUGACUCGGAAAUUUCAGAUCUCUGGUACAACUGUUUCCAAGACAACGCUACAAAAACUUGGCUGUGUGCUGCCACCAAUGAGAACGAUUGGCUCCAGUCCGUGCAGGCGCUCAUGGUCCUCUCAGUGGUCUUCUCGUCCAUCUCUUUCCUGGUGUUUCUGGGACAGCUCUUUGCCUUGUCCAAAGGAGGACUCUUCUAUUUCACCGGGUUCUGCCAAGCUUUUGCAGGUUUCACAGAUUUUGCUGCUUGCCUGAUUUUUACGUUCCACAGAAAGGAGAUUUUAUCCGACUCCAGAGAUCCGAGCUCAGGGCGUUUUGGAUACUGCUUUAUUCUGGCCUGGGUCUGUGUGCCUCUGCUGCUACUGAGCGGAGUCCUCUAUGUCCAUCUACGCAAGAAACAUUGAGACAAGACACUGUUUUACAUCAAAUUAGAAAUACAAAAUAAUAUUACAAGAAUAUAAAACCAAAACCAAAACAACACACUUGAAAUUUGGCAGUAGGAUUUGAACAUGUAGGCUUAUAUUUGACCUCUGUUAUUGCUGAAGAAAGCCUGAAAGAAAAUCACUGCACACUAGGAAUGACAAAAUUUUAAUAUAUGUGUAACAUCACUUGUAUUCUGU